UGCUGCCUGCCACUGCAUACCACUACUACCAAUACCACCCAGAACCCAACCAUCUCCAUCUUUCCUUCUCAUUAGCUCCCAGUCGCCAUGGCCGUGAACAACACCAAGCUGGCUGCCGUGGCGGACGCCGAGAACCCGGCAGUGACGUGCUGCGACGUCGACGACUCCGAGUCCUCCAUCGACUUCGCCGGGCGUGCUAACUGGCUUCGCGCGGCGGUGCUGGGCGCCAACGACGGGCUGGUCUCCACGGCCUCCCUCAUGCUCGGCGUCAGCGCCGUCAAGCCCGAGGCGCGGGCCAUGGUCGUCUCCGGGUUCGCGGGACUCCUCGCCGGGGCGUGCAGCAUGGCAAUCGGAGAGUACGUGUCCGUCUGCUCCCAACGCGACGUGGAGAUCGCGCAGCUGGACCAGGCCGGCAAGCGUGGCGGCGACGAGGAGAAGGAGCUGCCCAGCCCAGCCCAGGCCGCCGCGGCCUCCGCACUGGCAUUCUCCGUCGGGGCGCUCCUACCGCUGCUGGCCGCCGGGUUCAUCGCGGGCUACAACGUGCGUGUCGCCGUAGUGGUCGUCGUGGCGACGUUGGCGCUGGCCGCGUUCGGGUGCGUGGGCGCCGUGCUCGGGCGAGCCCCCGUGGCGAGGUCGUGCGCGCGGGUGGUGGUGGGCGGGCUGGCCGCCAUGGCCGUCACCUUUGGGUUCAUGAGGCUCUUCCGAGCCAGCGGCGUAUGAGAGACUCACAAGGCUUUCGUCGCCGUUCUCGCGUGUGUACUCACGUACGGCAUCGUCCAUAACUAUCUCGGAAGGGAAUAAAGUACUAAAGUACUACUAGCCCGGGUGACAUAUUUUCUUUCUGUUAGUGAUAAAACGACAAAUGAAAAUGUUUAAAUCAAGUGAUUUCAAUUC